UUCAGAAUAUCCAAGAUGGUGGAGUGAAGUGUUGUUUACGUUCCAUCGCUUAGAAAAUAGGUGGGCUUUCCUGACGUUGAUGUCCAUAGAACAUGUAAAUAUCAGUCUACAUCGAUGAACAAGACAUUUUGAGCAUGACAUCAUUUGGCUGGAAGAGGAAAGUCGGGGAAAACGUCACCAAACCUUCAUCAGCUUUCAGUCCUGGGGAACAGCUGGAGAAUGAACAUGAAGUAGACCCAGAUGAAGUAGACUGGCUCCAUGCAGUGAAGAUCAGAAGACCAGUAGAUGGACUGUUGGAGGAUCAUCUCACCAAGGCAAACAGACUCAAGCAGGAGGGAUGUCUCCUGGCUGAAACUCAAAGAUACUGGGAAGCCAUCCGUAGAUGGGAGGAUGCUCUGGAACUCACACCAGAUGAUGCCACUCUGCAUGAGAUGAAAGCACAGGCGUACAUGGAGGUGCAUGAAGUCUUCCCAGCAGUCCAAGCAGCGGAGAAAGCCGUGACCUCUGACCCAAGAUGGUGGGUGGCGUACCAAACUCUGGGAAGGGCACAGCUUGGACUAGGAGACCUCAAACUGGCAAUUUCCAACUUUUCAAAAGCGAUUCAUCUCAACCCUGCAUGCAGCAAGGAACUCUGGGAAGACGACCUAAAAUGGGCGUGCUCCCUGUUGGAGGAAGAGAAAGAACUCGAGAGAAAAGCAGAAGAAGAGGAAACAGACGGGACUGCUGGGGUGUCUGGUGAAAUGGACACUGAACAUGAUGAUGACUACUGGUACCCACAGCUUCCUGAUGCUUCUACUGAUGGUGAGGUACCUGGUACAGAAGACACAGACACACCUGGUAUAGAAGACAAAGACAGACCUGUACUGGACAGGUAUCACACACACCUGGGCAGGUUCCAGAACAGGUGUAGGACAAGAACAGACAGAUGACAGCAGCAGUGAUGCCACCAACACAUCACUUCAUAACACUGUAAAUGGAUAAACUUUAAUGUUUCAUUUUCGCCCUUGUUGGUUUUAUUUGAGCUCUCCACUGUGAAUUCAUGACAGAGUAAAUAUGCUAUACUUGUAUGGAUUUUGUACUUACAGAAUUGCUUCAACUGCAAAUAUGAUGACUUUGUUCAUCUAUUCAGAUUGUCGUGUUGUUGAUUUUAUGUAGCCUGUGUUUACACUAGUCAGUCUGCAACUGUUUCCCCAAGGGGGGCGGCAAACUUCUGGGCAAGUGGCCACCAGGAGCGCGAUUUCUUAGUCAGGCUAGAUUAUUAGACCAGGGAUUUAGCCAUUUUUACGAUAACGUUGUUACCAGUUGUUAAGUGAUCACACACUGUUUACAUAGAGAAUGUAGAGCGUAGAGACAAUAUAGAGCGUAAUAGUUGUAGUCUACGUAAAGCGUAACCAUAUGAUGCCUGGAUUUAGGCGGAGCAAGCUUGUCCGAAUGCAA